AUGGCACGUGGAAGACCUCGUAAGAUUCUUCGACGAGAGCAAUCGUUACCAGCUCGUCAGGGAGAUGGUAAUGAACUUAGAAAUGAGGCUCCUGAAGUGCCUCAUGCUGGGGCAGAAGUGGAUGAGAUAGCAGGAUUACAGGAAGCAGUAAGGCUGCAAGCGGAGCAAAUUCGUCAGCAGAACGAGAGACUUAAUGCCUUCAUGGAACAAAUGGAGGCCAACAUGAAUCCACCGCCGCAACAACAACAACCGCCACUACCACUGCAACCGGAAAAAGUGGCAUGUGUGGUGUAUCAAAUGAAGAACAAUGCGAGAAGUUGGUGGGACGUUGUUAAGAGGAUCAUAGAUGUGAAUACUCUGACCUGGACGGGAUUUUUGGAGCUGUUCAACUCCAAAUACUACAACGAUAACACUCUGGAUGCAAAAAUGGACGAGUUUCAAGAGUUAAAGCAAGGGAAUUCUACCGUGAUUGAAUAUACGCAAAAGUUUGACCAAUUGUCAAGAUUUGCACCCGAAUUGGUAACAAUGGAAAAUGAGAGAAAAAUGAGGUUUAUGAAAGGUCUAAGGUCGGAUUUGGCAAAGUUAGUGGAUGCUGGUGAGAUGGUGCCACGCACCUAUACAGGAGCUGUUGAGCGAGCGAUUCGGUAA